AUGGCUAGAGAAGACAAAUUUUGGAAAUGUGAGAAUGUUCGGACUUCGGAAGCAGCAAUUCUUAACCGUAAUUUAUUUUUAGGAACUGCGAUGGAAACACUCCGAAGUGAUACAAUACGGAAGAGCCCACAACAGAAUAUUUCAACCCCUUCGCCGCCCGAGGUAAAAGUUUCACGCAAAGAACCGACUACCAUUUCCCAUUCAAGAGAGACAAAAUGGCAAACUAAUGCAGGCAUGAAAACCAUAUAUCUUCAUUGGAAAAUCAAAUUUUUCACCAGAAUGACUUGAGAGAAACAGCCAAAAGAGAAACGUUCGCUUCACUCACAACUCAACAUCUUCGGAGCAGACGUGAAAUUCAGGCGAUCUUGGAAAGUCCAACCGACUGCGCCAAUUUUACCUAUACUAUAAAGUACGAAGAUAACUACAGAGUAUGGAACAACUUUUCAAUGAUGCACCAAAGUCGAAUGUACCGUUAUAACGAGUACAGAGUAACGGACGAUGGUCUACAAGUUUGUAACUCUUCUGACCCCUUUACUAAACAAAGACGGCGGGAUUUGAUUUCUCGAGAAAAAGAACUGUUGAAUUCUAAACCUUGUAAUACAUCCGUGUACGCGUUUUACUACUACAAUUAUACAUUAUACAGAAAUUUUACUGUUUUUUUCAAACCCACUGAGCAGAGUUUCACAAGGCAAGACUAUGGAGUGACUUUGGGAUAUUUUGCAAUUUGUUCGGCAAAGCUUAAUCUAUCCUGCAAUGAUUAUUUGGUUAAAGUGAAAUACGGCGAUCACUACAACAUUUUGCAAAACUUUUCGCUGUUUUACAACAACAAGAUGUACGAUUAUCGCGAAUAUCAAGUCGGAAACAAAGGUAUUGAAAUGUGUGCAUCCAAUGAUUCAAGAAUUCAGGCCAUUUGGAGAACUCGAAAUUCGUGGGAAAAGUUUAAAGACCGGUAUACGUGCCGCGGAUUUGUUGAUAAAUUAUCCGAAGCAAGUUACUAUACCGUGAAUAAGCAGUUCACUGUCUAUGGCGCAGCUCGGAGUCAAUAUUUCACGAGAAAUGACUAUGGAGUAAAAAACGGUAAACCUUAUAUAUGCCAAGAAAAGUUCAGAUCCAUAUCAACAGAGUAUAACCAGGAAGAUCUAUUAAUGUGCAACGAUUCAAUCAUCAAUAUAAAAUACGAUGAUGAAUACAAAGUUCGGACUGACUUUUCAAUACUCUAUAAGAACAAGGUGUACUAUUAUACUGAGUAUCGAGUUCUGAAUGAUGGCAUAAAAAUUUGUAACUCCACUGAAAACUACGUAAAGAAUAUUUGGAAAGUACGCAAUAAGUGGGUAAAGGCGACAAUGCAUGAAAAAAGUUGCAAUAAACCCAUUAGAACCUUUUGGUUUCACCGAAAGUAUUACACUGUGAAUAAGCAGUUCACUGUCUAUGUCGCACCUACGAGUCAAUAUUUCACAAGAAGUAGCUAUGGCGUGGAAGACGGUAGACCAUAUAUAUGCGAUGAAAAAUUCAGACCCACAUCAACAGAGUAUACCCAGGACGAUCUAUUAAUGUGCAACGAUUCAAUCAUCAAUAUAAAAUACGAUGAUGAAUACAAAGUUCGGACUGACUUUUCAAUACUCUAUAUGAACAAGAUGUACAAUUAUACGGAGAAUCGAGUUCUGAAUGAUAGCAUAAAGAUUUGUAACUCCACUGAUAAUUACAUACGAAAUAUUUGGAAA